AAUUCCUACUACUAAUACAGUGCCUUCGACUUCCACUGCCACCGAAGCAGACCAAUAAAGAACAACUGCACUUCGGUGUUACGAUGAUGGAACGAUCGGUUUUUUGUUUGCUUCAUGAAUAAAGCACGGCUCUCGGACGUUUCUUUGGAUGCACACGAGUGAUGUAUCCAUACAAAGCAAUAGGACCGUCUAAGCCGUUGACAACAAUAAGUCCAGCGAGAGAAACUAGUUAUUCGCGGACUCCUUUUGUGCGUCGCAGCCAAGAUGCAACAGGGAUCGGCAUCAAUGCAAGAACGACUAGGCCGAGCAGCCGUCGUCGCCAUCGCAAUUUCGUUGUUCUUUUCUGCUGGUGGUCGCUCAUGCUUACAAUAGGGAUUGACCGGUGCACCUGCACCACUUGGAAAAAUCAGAGCAGUGUUCCAUCGGUAAAAAACAUAAAGGAUCAAAUGCGUUCACUGAUACUACGAAAGCGUGAAACUACGGCAUCUUUUGGAUUUUACUAUGGAAUUCCUAGGACGACUUACGAAUCAUUCGAGCCAAGCGAUGCAACUGAAGUGAUCGAGAGUGAAGAACAAAGUGGCGAUAACCAAAUUCCUCUCGCAAAGAGAGUAUAUUACGACAAUUUCGAGAGAAUAGGAAGAGAUGUAGAAAAGUGGGCAGAAGAAAUAAUGAGAGACGACGACACCAAGAAAGACCGCAACAUUCUUGGAGCUGAAGAUCAAGAUAGUUGGACGGAAAUAUUCUGCGCAAAGACCUUUCGGCAGAAAUUCAACAUGGGAGAUAGAAAAUCUACGAUUCAAACUCCGCGCCAAUGGGUGAAAUGGAUGAGAGAUUCGCGUGGUCGUGAUGCCGAUCCCGACGACAAGCAAAAACAUCCCUGCAUGAAACUCAUUGCCACGAUCGACGCCCCUUUUCCAAUCGUCUGCCGAUAUCUUUCGGAAAAGAAUCGCUUCCGCGAAUACAAUAGCUUAUUGAUUGAUCAAGAAGAUGUGGAGGUUUUGACUCCACAUUCAAAAAUUUGUUGGAGUCAAUCAAAGAAACUUCGUAAGUCUAGGAUUGUGGAAAUUUCGAUUGAUCUAUCUUUUUGUUGAUUUUUUCGACGACGUGGUGCCUGACGGAGCGAAACGAAUUGUGCGUGCAUUCAAAACGAAAUAUUCUUUGUUCGGAACGAAAAAGUUUUUAUCCAACCAAGAGAUUUUGUAACAUAUUGUCGGCACAGAUGGUUGAAAGACGGGACCCAAUUGAUCACAAAUCAAGCUUGCGACCACCCUAAUGCUACGUUGAAUAUUACCGGUAGCAACGGACAGAACAGUAUCCGAAACUUGAGUGGAUAUCGAGCAUUUAGUUUGCGGGGGGCGACCUACGUUUCGAGAUGCCCCGACUUUCCGAGCAAACGAACGAAGAUCGUCAUGUUAUCGCACUGCAACUGUGGUCGAGACGUACCGGAGUGGGCCGUUCGUGCAGCCGUUGGUGUGCUGGCACCCAUCAAACCCUUCGAAAUAAUUCACAGGAUAGAUGUGGGCAUUCGGAAAGCUCGCAAUGAACUCGAAAUGGCCGAAGAGAAACAAAAUGCAAACUCGGUGAUGACAACAGAUACAAGCCGAAGUUGCAGACCCGCCGGAAUGGCACAAAUGGGGUAUGCCUGUUUCUGGCCCAACGGAGGUGGAUUAGUAGACGUAAACGACACUAUCAACGAGUAGAUUCAAUGACGUUCAUUGCUAGAAGAGUUGAGACGACAAGGAAAUUAAUUCUUGGUUUCAGUAAAUGUGCCAGUAUUGUUUAUGCUUCGUACUUUCGUGCGACGUGUAGACACAAGUCAAUUUGAACGAUUUUUGAUGGAAUCCACGAAGAAACUCAUUUGCGAAAGAACAACAUUGGAAUAAACAGAUUCUAUGCACAAAAGUUAUCGACCUCAUCAUAUUCAUUGCGAAGAAAGUAUCACCGGAGUGGUUGCUUCUCGGAAAGCAAAUUUUGUUCUGACGAAUCCCAAUCUAUCCCAGGAAACUAUGAUUUCUAGUGUAUUUUCUACAUGAGUCUGUACAAGUUCCCUAUUAAUUUUCUUUUUUGUACUUAACACCAGUGUGUGUACCCGUUGAGGUGCAUUUGCCUGGUUAUAAGCACACGCAAAGCGCACUGUGCGUUUCUUUGGUAACCAGACCCACCUUUUUGUAACCACACUACUACUACUAGUACUAUUGUGAAGAAAAUUUGGGCCUCUCUUAAGGAAGGGUUUUUUUUCAAAAUUCAGUCCGCGCCGGUUUGUAACUAGGUGAGGUGCAAAAAAUAACUACCGUUUGUACCCGCAAUCUGCUCAACAAAUCAUGUACUUAAGA